AUGUCUGUCCAACAGGAUAGCAAGAAUGUGGAGGAAGAUCCUGCCCAUCAAACACAGAAGAAAAACAAAACCACUGCCUCAGACGAGAAGAUUAUUUCUCCUUCAACAUUACAUUCAGAUUCACAUACAACGAACUGCGACAGUGAUUCUGAGGACCCUCCCCACGUGCCAAUUCAGGUGCAACAUACGGUGUACCUCAAGAGCAAAUUCCACAGCAGUCCUAUCCUCAAAAUUCAAGCAAUUCUAGACUAA